AUGAACGGCGCCAAAUCCGGGCCUUCAGUGGCCGAUCUGGCUGCAAUGACCACAGAAGAGCGAAUGGCUGGCAUGGAACACUCAGAAGUUCGAUAUUUCACGAGCUAUGACCACCAUGGUAUCCACGAGGAAAUGCUGAAAGACGAAGUGCGGACUAGAUCAUACCGAGACUCCAUCUAUCAAAACAAACACCUGUUCAAAGAUAAGGUCGUCCUUGAUGUCGGCUGCGGUACUGGAAUCCUCAGCAUGUUCGCCGCAAAGGCCGGUGCAAGACACGUCAUCGGAGUCGACAUGUCCAGCAUCAUCAACAAGGCCAAAGAGAUCGUCGAGGUCAAUGGUCUGACGAGCAGAGUCACACUACUCCAAGGCAAGAUGGAAGAGGUGGAAUUACCAGCACAACAUCUCAAUGGCGGCAAGGUCGAUAUCAUCAUCUCUGAGUGGAUGGGAUAUUUCCUCCUCUACGAGAGCAUGCUUGACACUGUACUGUAUGCCCGUGACAAGUAUCUGGUUCCUGGAGGGAAAAUCUUUCCUGACAAGGCUACGAUCUACAUGGCCGCAAUUGAGGAUGGAGAGUAUAAGGAGGACAAGAUUGGAUUCUGGGAUAACGUAUAUGGUUUCGAUUAUUCACCCAUGAAGGAGAGUGCUCUCACAGAACCAUUGGUUGAUACCGUGGAAUUGAAGGCACUUGUCACAGACCCAUGCCCAGUCUUCACCAUCGACCUCAACACUGUCCAGGUGGCCGAUCUGGCAUUCUCAGAACCGUUCCAAUUACGCGUACAGAGAAAUGACUUCAUCCAUGCACUCAUUGCCUGGUUCGAUAUUGAUUUCACCGCAUGUCACAAACCCAUCCGAUUCUCAACGGGUCCACACACAAAAUACACUCACUGGAAACAAACCGUCUUCUAUCUGCGAGAAGUCCUGACAGUCGAGGAAGGUGAACAUGUUCGAGGCUUCCUCUCCAACAAGCCCAAUGACAAGAACCGUCGCGAUCUUGACAUCAAAGUCAACUAUGAAUUAGCAACUGAAGACCAUACCCGCACAGCUGCCGGGUCUUGCGAAUACAGAAUGUGUUAA